AUGGCUCCCACAGAACAACAAAUUCUCACCAAUUAUCUUUUGGCGCCCGCCCAACUCCCAACAAUCAUCUCCCUGGAAGAAUUCACCGCGCUUUUCCCUCGGGCUCUACAGUCUUCUUCCCGCGUGCGCAGCCUCUAUCGUGACCUGCAGGCCCAACGCAGCGCCCUGGUCGAUGCAGUUUCCGAGGAGAUCGCCGCGGAGGCGAAACAUGGCCAAGCCAUGCGCCGCGCGGUCGCCAGGGCCGCGCAGCGGGAGGCAGAGGCUGAGACGAUGGAGAGGGAUGAUGAAGUUGAGAUUGAGAGGAUGCUCGGCACCUGGGCUGCCCCACGACACAACCGACACCGGCUGGCGACCAUUCUACCCGAGAUGGAGGCUGCCGUGCACGCACUGCAGGCCGAGCUGCAGCUAAUCGAGGAGCAGGAACAGCAGCUUUUGGCCGCGGUACGGCAAACCGUCGGCGCCCUGAGCGACCUGCGCUAUGGGAGACUCGCAAACCCCGGCCUGCGCGAACAGGUUAUCGAUGGGCUGGCUAAUCUGGAAGAGAUUUGCAAGCAGGCACAGAAUUAA